UUUGGUUUGAAUUGUUAAGUUCAUCAGUGAAGUUUUUUAUUGAAAAUUAUUUUGUGAUGUCAUAAAAACCUUUUCUUGGGAUUAGAUAUUAAUUAUUAGGUUUUUAUAUUGCUUCGAUCUGGCAUUUGAAUAUUUAAAAAUAUUCAGUUGUAAAAUUAAAAGCGAGAAGACAAGUAAUACGUUUAUGGUAAUCAUAAAAUAUUUCAAUUUUAAUGCAUCAUACUAAAAUUAUAAAAAAUUGUAACAAAACAUGUGAGAUUGGUGUUUGAAAAGAAACAGCAGAUAAUUGAAGUUAAUUAAGUGUUUGCAAAAUAAAUGAAGUGAAAUCAUUGAUAAAGGAAUUAUUAUUAAAAGUAUACAAACAUUUCUCGACAUGAUCAACUGAAUUGUGAUAAAAUAGCAGUAUUUAAAAAAUUUAUGACAUCAUAAGAAGACAAUCUUGAAAAAUACGAUGAACAAGUUGAAAGCUGUAGCACGUUCCGUAAGCUUCUCAACAAAGUCUUCAACAACAAAUAAAUAUAACCGAACAGAAAAAGAUAAACUCGAACCAGUAGUCGGAUUUCAACUUACGCUUCAUGAUGCUGCAAACGACAAUACACAAGUUCCACAACUUGAUGUACAUUUGAUUGGAGCGCGACACUUGCCAUCAAACUUCGGCUUAAAAACUGUUGAAGGCUACAUUGUUAAGGUGAAACUUUUUCCUGGAUCAACAAAGUUCGAUUCUUCUAUACAGACUUCGUCAUGGCCGAGAUUUAACGAAAAUUUCAGUUUUCCAAUGGCCCCAAUGCACAAAUCAUCUUUGAAGUCAAAGCAACGUGAAUACAACCGCGAUGUGAAUGGAAAUAUUUCUUUACCAGAAAAAUUGUUCAAAGGGACGUUCGUCGUAUUUACUGUCAUUGCUUUAUUGGAAUUACCGUCUGGCUCAUACACAGGAAUUAAGGGAACUUAUAAAUCUUUAAAACGACAAGGAAGUUUAAUAAUCAGAGAUCGAGCCCCAAAACUUAUCUCUUCAUUUACUUUGAAUCCAACAAAAGAGUCGACAGACAAGAACAAAAAUCAUUCAAAAUUAACACAAAGUGAGACGCAAAGAAACAUUGGAUCUGUGACAUUCUUUCUUGAUGCUAAACUGUUUGAAGAAAAUUCAAGAAAUAAAUCGUAUUCAACAACUGAAAUGUGGAUGCCGAUUCGUGAUAUAACAGUAGCUCCAAAUGCCAAAUUAUCGGUGAAUUCAAGUCCCAAAGGCCAAGUUGAAAUGAUUCUAGAGCUAUGCGAUCAUUCAUUAGAAUCAACGACUGAGUUUGAAACAAAUGAUGAACCAUCACGAUACAAUAAAAGUCUUAACCCAUUUGAAUGCGAUGAUGAGGCGUCAACGUCAAGAUCCCGUUUCAGUCUCACGGAUGUCAAAUUUCCAAAUAUGAAAAGACUGAUGAAGAGCAAACGUGAAAAGCAAACAAAUGGGUUGUGCCUUAAAAUCACCACGUCAAAAAUGCGAUGUUCAAUUAAAGUUAAAGAAGAAUUCGAGAAUGAUGCAACUCAAAUCUAUGUUAAGACAACCGUUUUUGAGCAUGAUAUCUUGUCAGGAUAUUGGCGAAGCAACACAUUUUCCCCAACACUCUCAAUAAGAUGGGAUCAAAUAGAAUCAACAGUUACGAUACCUUUAACGAAUGAAGAAGGAAUCGAACAUGUCUCCAUCAAGACAACAAUUGCAACAAAGACGAAAAUGGGAAAGAAAAUUGUUCUUGGAACUAUUUACAUUAGACCUGACCUCGAUAAUUGUAAUGAGCAAUGGACGACAAUGCUGACAUCCCGCAAUACGCCAAUCCCUAUGUGGUAUAGUUUCGAAUGAAUAAAAUCACAAAAUCUAACAAGUUAAUCAAAAAUGUUUUUCUUUUUCCUGUUCGAAUAAAUUUAAAAAUCAACACUAAACUUAUGUGAUGUUUUAUUACGUGUCACAAAACUUGCUGAGGCCCCAA